AUGGCACAGCUGCUUGUACCGCCCGGACCUGACAGCUUCCGUCCCUUCGUCCCCGAGUCGCUGGCCGCCAUCGAGAGGCGCAUCGCCGAGGAGGAGGCCAAGAGACCGCGGGCGGAGCGCCGCAGUGACAGCGACGAUGAAAACGGGCCCAAGCCCAACAGCGACCUGGAGGCGGGGAAGUCUCUGCCUUUCAUCUACGGGGACACCCCUUCACACCUGGUGUCGACCCCGCUGGAGGACAUCGACCCCUUUUACAGCAAUCAGAAGACCUUCAUAGUGUUGAAUCGUGGGAAGGCGAUCUUCCGUUUCAAUGCCACUUCUGCCUUGUACAUCUUAACUCCCUUCAAUCCUCUGCGAAGGAUAGCUAUUAGAGUUUUGGUGCACUCGAUGUUCAGCAUGUUGAUCAUGUUCACCAUCUUGACCAACUGUGCUUUUAUGACCCUAAGUUCUCCCCCGGACUGGGCCAAGAAUGUAGAGUACACAUUCACAGGGAUUUACACCUUCGAGUCCCUUAUAAAGAUCCUGGCCAGGGGCUUUUGCGUGGGGAAGUUCACCUUCCUGCGGGACCCAUGGAACUGGCUGGAUUUCAGUGUUAUUCUCAUGGCAUAUGUCACAGAGUUUGUGGACCUGGGCAAUGUCUCAGCACUGCGAACCUUCAGGGUUCUGCGAGCGCUGAAAACAAUAUCAGUCAUCCCAGGGUUAAAGACCAUCGUUGGCGCUCUGAUACAGUCUGUGAAGAAGCUGUCAGACGUGAUGAUUCUCACCGUGUUCUGCCUCAGCGUCUUUGCCCUGAUCGGCCUGCAGCUCUUCAUGGGCAACCUGAGGCAGAAGUGCGUGCGCAUGUACACGCCCGGUAAUGCCACCAACAGCAGCCUCAUCGCAAACGACACCAUGUACUACAACGGCAGCCUGUCAGGCUUCAACUUGUCCUUCGUGGAGAACGCCACCGAGAGCACCUUUAACUGGACGGAGUACAUCAGCGAUGAAAGUAAUUACUAUUACCUCCCUGGCCGAAGGGAUGCUCUGCUCUGUGGAAAUGGCAGUGGUGCAGGACUUUGUCCAGAAGGCUUUGUGUGCAUCAAAGCGGGUCGUAAUCCAGACUACGGCUACACCAGUUUUGACACCUUCAGCUGGGCCUUCCUCUCCCUUUUCCGGCUAAUGACCCAGGACUACUGGGAAAACCUCUACCAACAGACCUUACGAGCAGCGGGGAAGCCCUACAUGAUUUUCUUUGUCCUGGUGAUAUUCCUGGGCUCCUUCUACCUUGUCAACCUGAUUCUGGCUGUGGUAGCCAUGGCUUACGACGAACAGAACCAGGCGACCAUCGAGGAGGCUCAGCAGAAGGAGGAGGAGUUCCAGGCCAUGCUGGAGCAGCUGAAGAGGCAACAGGAAGAGGCGCAGGUUGCCGCGGCAGCAGCCACCGAGAGCGGCGAGUACAGCGGGAGAGGGGACCCCACCUCCGAGUCCUCCUCGGGGACGUCGAAGCUGAGCUCCAAGAGCGCCAAGGAGCGCCGCAACAGGCGGAAGAAGAGGAAGCAGAGGGAGGAGGAGGAGGAGAGGGAGGGCCGCGACAAGUUCCACAAGUCCGAGUCUGAGGACAGUAUCAAGAGGUCCACCUUCCGCUUCUCCAUCGAUGCCAACAGGCUGUCUUAUGAGAAAAGAUGCUCAUCCCCAAACCAGUCCCUUCUAAGUGUCCGUGGCUCCAUCUUCUCACCUCGGAGGAACAGUCGUGCCAGCCUCUUCAGCUUCCGCGGAAGGGCGCGCGACAUGGGCUCAGAGAACGACUUUGCAGAUGACGAGCACAGCACGUUCGAGGAAGCCGACAGUCGCCGGGGCUCCUUGUUCUUGCCACGUCGCACUGAACGUCGCUGCAGUGUCGUCAGUCAGACCAGCCUGGGGGCACCGCGGAUCAUGCUACCUGCCAACGGCAAGAUGCACUGCACCGUAGACUGCAACGGCGUGGUGUCGCUGGUCGGAGGAACGUCUGUCACAACUUCUCCUGUAGGUCUUCUGCAGCCUGAGGGAACAACAACAGAUACUGAGCUGAAAAAGCGAAGAUCAGGAUUUCAUCAGCCAUCUAUGGACUAUUUAGACGAACCUGGACCCCGACAGCGAGCCAUGAGCAUGGGUAGCAUCCUCACUAACACUAUGGAAGAGCUGGAGGAGUCAAGACAGAAAUGCCCGCCUUGCUGGUAUAGAUUCGCAAACAUGUGUCUAAUCUGGGAUUGCUGUCCCGCAUGGUUAAAGAUCAAAGAGGUGGUCAGCACGGUGGUCAUGGACCCAUUUGUGGAUCUGACCAUCACAAUUUGCAUCGUCCUCAACACCCUGUUCAUGGCGAUGGAGCAUUACCCCAUGACUAAGGAGUUUGACAACGUGCUGUCAGUCGGAAACCUGGUGUUCACUGGCAUCUUCACAGCAGAGAUGUGCCUCAAAAUCAUUGCUCUGGAUCCUUACUACUACUUCCAGCAGGGCUGGAACAUCUUCGAUGGCAUUAUCGUCAGUCUCAGUCUUAUGGAGCUUGGCUUGGCAAAUGUAGAAGGCCUGUCAGUGCUCAGGUCCUUUCGAUUGCUGAGGGUUUUCAAGUUGGCCAAGUCAUGGCCCACACUGAACAUGCUGAUCAAGAUCAUCGGAAACUCUGUGGGCGCUCUGGGCAACCUGACCCUUGUGUUGGCUAUAAUUGUGUUCAUCUUCGCCGUGGUGGGCAUGCAACUGUUCGGCAAGAACUACAAAGAGUGCAAAUGCAAAAUUUCACAAGACUGCGAGUUGCCUCGCUGGCACAUGCACGACUUCUUCCACUCCUUUCUCAUUGUGUUCCGGGUGCUGUGCGGAGAAUGGAUAGAGACCAUGUGGGACUGCAUGGAGGUGGCAGGACAGACAAUGUGUCUGAUUGUCUUCAUGAUGGUCAUGGUCAUUGGAAAUCUUGUGGUUCUGAACCUGUUCUUGGCUCUCCUCCUGAGCUCAUUCAGUGCUGACAACCUGGCCGCAACAGAUGAGGACAGCGAGAUGAACAACCUGCAGAUCGCCGUGGGCCGCAUUCAGAGGGGCUUUGCGUUUGUCAAGAAAAAGGUGCGGCAGCUGCUGCGGAGCCUGUGUUUUUGUGGCGCCGGUAAAGGCUCCGGCUUGGUCGAGGAGAGCAAGCCUCUGGAUGAGCUGCACAGCAAUGGCAAAGGGAACUGCAUUUCCAACCACACCUCUCUGGAGAUCACCAAAGACGGGACCGGAGUGUACAUGAUGGAAGGGAACGGGAGGCCAGGAGGAGGCCUGGUGGUUGGUGUUGUUGGUGGGGACACUACUGGGAAGUACCCAGUGGAGGAAAGUGACUACAUGUCCUUCAUUCACAACCCAAGCCUCACGGUCACUGUGCCGAUCGCAGUGGGAGAGUCAGACUUUGAGAACUUAAAUACUGAGGAUUUCAGCAGCGACUCGUCUGAUGUGGAGGGCAGCAAAGAGAAGAUUGACGUGGAACCCCAGCCUCUGAGCUCCUCAGAGGGGAGCACAGUUGAUAUUCGACCCCCAGGAGAUGGGGUUGAUUCGGUGGAGCUGGAGCCGGAGGAGUCAUUGGACCCAGAGGCCUGCUUUACAGAAGGCUGUGUGAGCAGAUUCCAAUGCUGCCAGGUUGAUGAGGAAGGGAACCAUUUUAAGAGCUGGUGGACACUCAGGAAAACCUGCUUUAUCAUAGUGGAGCACAACUGGUUUGAAUCCUUCAUUAUCUUCAUGAUCCUGCUAAGUAGUGGAGCUCUGGCAUUUGAGGAUGUCUAUAUCGAGCAGAGACGAACCAUAAAAACAGUGCUGGAGUAUGCAGACAAAGUCUUCACUUAUGUCUUCAUAUUGGAAAUGCUGUUGAAGUGGGUGGCGUAUGGUUUUGUUAAGUACUUCACCAAUGCUUGGUGCUGGCUGGACUUCCUCAUUGUAGAUGUGUCCUUGGUCAGCCUUGUGGCUAAUGCUCUGGGUUACUCUGAGCUUAGUGCCAUCAAAUCUCUGCGGACGCUACGAGCUCUCCGGCCCCUUAGGGCCCUGUCUCGAUUUGAGGGCAUGAGGGUGGUGGUGAACGCCCUUCUGGGAGCCAUCCCCUCCAUCAUGAACGUGCUCCUGGUGUGCCUCAUUUUCUGGCUCAUCUUCAGCAUCAUGGGCGUCAAUUUGUUUGCCGGAAAAUACUACCACUGCAUCAACACCACCACAGAGGAAAUGUUUCCCAUCGAAGUAGUCAACAACAAGACGGAGUGCCUGCUGCUGGUCAACGAUAGCGCUCGCUGGAAAAAUGUUAAGAUCAACUUCGACAACGUGGGAGCCGGUUAUCUCGCUUUGUUGCAAGUGGCAACAUUUAAGGGGUGGAUGGACAUCAUGUAUGCAGCUGUUGACUCCAGAGAUUUGGAGGAUCAGCCUCAGUAUGAAGUGAACCUGUACAUGUACCUCUACUUCGUCAUUUUCAUCAUCUUUGGCUCCUUCUUCACCCUCAACCUCUUCAUUGGUGUCAUCAUUGACAACUUCAACCAGCAAAAGAAGAAGUUGGGAGGUCAGGACAUCUUCAUGACAGAAGAACAGAAGAAAUAUUACAACGCUAUGAAGAAACUGGGUUCCAAGAAACCACAAAAACCUAUUCCUCGUCCAGCAAACGCAUUCCAAGGCUGUGUGUUUGACUGCAUCACAAAACAGGCCUUUGACAUUGUGAUUAUGAUCCUUAUCUGCCUUAAUAUGGUGACCAUGAUGGUUGAGACGGACGACCAGACGAAGGAGAUGGACAACAUCCUCUAUUGGAUCAACCUGGUUUUCAUUGUGCUCUUUACUGGGGAAUGUGUUCUCAAGAUAAUCUCUCUGCGCCACUACUACUUCACUAUUGGCUGGAACAUCUUUGAUUUUGUGGUGGUGAUUCUUUCGAUUGUAGGUAUGUUUUUAUCUGAAGUCAUCGAAAAGUACUUUGUGUCCCCAACCCUGUUCCGAGUGAUCCGACUAGCAAGGAUAGGUCGGAUCCUUCGUCUUAUUAAAGGCGCCAAGGGCAUCCGGACGCUUCUCUUUGCCUUGAUGAUGUCCCUCCCUGCCCUGUUUAACAUAGGCCUUCUCCUUUUCCUGGUCAUGUUCAUCUAUGCCAUCUUUGGGAUGUCCAACUUUGCGUAUGUGAAGAAGGAGUCUGGGAUCGACGACAUGUUCAACUUCGAGACCUUUGGGAACAGUAUGAUCUGCUUGUUUCAGAUCACCACCUCUGCUGGGUGGGAUGGCCUUCUAGCCCCAAUAUUGAACAAAAGGGAGCCUGACUGCGACAGCCAACUGGAGCACCCAGGCAACAACUACAAAGGCAACUGUGGCAACCCAUCAGUCGGCAUAUUCUUCUUUGUCAGCUACAUCAUAAUUUGCUUUCUCAUUGUGGUCAACAUGUACAUUGCUGUGAUCCUGGAGAACUUCAGUGUGGCCACAGAGGAGAGCGCUGAGCCUCUAAGUGAGGAUGAUUUUGAAAUGUUUUACGAGGUGUGGGAACGCUUUGAUCCGGACGCCACACAGUUUGUGGAGUACUGUAAGCUCUCUGACUUUGCAGACGCUCUCGAUCCACCACUGCGGAUACCCAAGCCUAACAUGAUCCAGCUGGUUCAAAUGGAUCUGCCGAUGGUAAGUGGCGAACGGAUCCACUGCCUUGACAUCCUCUUUGCUUUCACCAAGAGAGUCUUGGGUGAAGGGGGCGAGAUGGACGUGUUACGAGGGCAGAUGGAAGAGCGCUUCAUGGCUUCCAACCCAUCGAAGGUGUCUUACGAGCCCAUCACUACCACGCUGCGUCGCAAGCAAGAGGAAAUGUCGGCCAUUAUUAUCCAGAGAGCCUUCCGCCGCUACCUGAUCCGCCAGGCCAUGAAAAAGGCCUCCGCCAUGUACAAGGAGAAGCUGAAGGACGGCAUUCGAGAUCCAGACAAAGACGUGAUGGUCAUAAGCAAGUUUAACGAGAACUCCACGUCCGAUAAAACAGACAUGACGCCUUCUACGGCUUCCCCGCCCUCCUACAACAGUGUGACCAAGUCAGACAAGGACAAAUACGAAAAAGAAAAUAGAGAAAAGGAAAACAAAGGAAAAGACUUUAAAGACAGAAAGAAGUAAACUUCUUAAAAAAAUAAAAGACAAAGAAAACGCAUCCGAGUGAUGAGGGAAAUUUGUUUACAGCUUCUAGAGUGGGUUAGGGAGAAUUGUGCUUAUCUGCUGACUGUUUUGAGAUGAAGAAUGCUGUGCCUGGGAGGCCUGAAACAGGGCUGCCGAUAUGGGGACGUAAAAAAAUGUGGGAUCUUCCCAAGGGGAGUGAGGAGGCAAGUUAUCCAGCAGACACUGCCAGAGAACAUGUGGAACAUAGAGCAGCCUCUCUACAAAACGCUUGUGAUUUUCCUUUUGGUCGUUGUUAACUAUCUGACACACUUGAGUGUACUGUUAAGUUGUCUGUAGCUAGUGCUGCUGCUACUCUAAAUCCAGUGUCUUGAAUUUAACAAUGGCUGUAUCACAAAAAGAAGUUCUCUUUUUAUUUCCUUUUUUGGGGGCGGGCCUUCUUUUUUAUGAGAAAUAAUAUUUUAUUCUUUAUAAUUUGACAGUUUGUCUACUGAUUUUACUGUUUCACUGUUUUUUAACCAUCAAGGGCAGACAGAACCGAUGCUGGAAACUGCAAACCACCAGAUGCUCAUGCCGUGCCAGGCCGGUGUCAGAGUGCUCCUGGUUCUUACGGUAUCCGCUGAACUUUUCCGCUGAAGUGCAACACACAGAUAAUCUGCACCCACUGGUGUCUCAUCAGUGCCUGUUGAGAUCUGUGUUUCUAUCUGGACUGCUAUGCGUCGGUAUCAGUGAAAAAUCUGUCUUGAAAUACAGAAAAAGCUGAAUGUAUGCAAGCUAGAGAAAUGAGACCAAUUCAAAUCGUUCUGACAUCGCGGAAAAUAUUUCCUAGAGUCUUUUUGCCAAGAUUGUGAUGACAAUGUUGAAACCACUCUUUUUUUCAUUAGAAUCUAAGCUAGCCUAGAUAUUGCUGGUGUGAUCACAGUGCCUCUUUUAAAAAUAAUAAGCAUAAUACAUUCCAGUUUAUAGGAAGUUGACAAAAAAUCCGGACAUCAACAGCCUAUUUUUAACUAACUAAAAAAUCUGCACAAGCUAACAAGCUUCUUGAUGACUUCUGUGGCUAACGCUAACAUUAGCUAAGUAAAUCUGCAAACAUUGACAGCUCCUUAUCAAGAAACACGUUGUGUCACUGUUUAUCCAGUGUUAUUUAGUGUCUUUCAAUGGCAGACCGCUGUUAUUAAAGAUGAAGAUCCAUCUUUUGCAAUCCUUGUUAUGACCUUCAUAAGCUGCUGCACAGUUUACCGAAAAAACAUUAGCAAUAGCGAUUUAUGUCAACUUGUCGUAUACUCGUUGAGGAAAUUAAUUUCAGUUAAGUUUACAAGGCCAUCUAACGGGUUUUUAUGAAAGCUUGGUUUAUUUUGUACUUUUAGUGGCUGUUUUAACGAAAUUGCGCUUUGUCAUCCUGUUAGCUUGCUGAGAUAUUGCCCCGCACACAGAUUUUUAGACCAAGCAAUAUAAUUGACAGAAAGUGUGCAGUUACAGAAUUUAAAAUCAAACAUUUUUAAUCAGGUUUCAAAUCACAGACUCCAGCCAUAAAAAAUACAAAUAUAGUUAGAGGUAAUUAACGAAUUUUGAAUAUUCAAAUGGUCUUAAAAAGACAUUUUACAAGUUGACCAAUAGAUAUGACUGCAUAUCAGUUCACAUUGGCACAUUUAUAGAAAAAAAAUAAGUUCAAAGUUUUAGGUUCAAUAGCCUAUUUGGAUCAAAAUAAUUUAAAAAAAAAAGUGUUUUCACUUAAAAUGCAAUUCUGUACACUUAGCGGCACGAUUUAAGCUAGUAGACCUCAGACCUGCAUAGGGUCCUGAAUUUUAUUAAAGACAUCUUUUGAUACUGUUAACCUGUGUGUAAAUUCUACAAGAUUAUUAAAGAAAAUCUAAUCAUCAUUUUUUUUAAUAGCUAGUUUUUAAAGUAACUUUUAAAAAGGGCAUUUUAUCAUUGCGAAUCUCAAGCAUCUUCUUACACUUAUGGGUUAAAGCGCAACGCAGAAACUGUGGAGUUCGCUCAAGAGUGCCUUGGGUCCAGUUGGGUCAUAUACCAUAGAGACCCCAACAUCCUUCGGGUGUUAGCUUGACUACAGGAAGCUGGAUUUAGAGCUAUUUCAGUCAGACGUAUGUUUUUUUUUUCUUUUUUUGUGGAUUUCUUGUUCAAAACAAACUGUUUACUGAAAAAGCUUAGGGGAGGUGACUCUUUCAGAGUGAUUUUAAUUUUGUCAUCCAACUCUUGGCAGCAAAGUCAAGUCGCAAAUUUCUCUAUGGUUCCCGCCGUUGUGCGUCCCACCUCCUCUCCACAUCUCCCACGGCUCUUGUAAAGAAAACGUCUCCACUCACAAAACCUAAAGGCAACACGUCAGUCUUUCUAACCGCUUGGAAGCUGGAGAAUACUAUAUCACAUAUAAAAAGUUAUAAUAUCACAGAUGUUUGUAUGCCAUUCAUGUUGUUAAAAUUGAGACGCGAGUGGUUUAAAUGUAGUGGUUCGGUUUGUAAAUAAUAUAGCUAUUUGGGCCCACAGUAUGCAUCACACUUACAUUUGAUGUAAGAGCACUUUUUAUCCCCACUGCUAUGUCAAACCACAUGUGGCAGUCGUCCAUGUCAGCGUGUGUGUUUGUUUUUGAGGGAGCGUGUUUGGAUUUUUAUCUUUACAGUCAUUUGGAAAAAGGAGGGGGACAAAAGUGCAUUCUCUUUCAAUAGUAAAUUUAAAAUUUAUGAAAAAAAAUAAGUCUUGAAAUUUGAUUUAUUCAACCUCAGAUGAACAAACUAUGAAAUGCUGCUCAGUGGAAAUGAAGAAGAUAGAAGCCAAGACGGCAGAAGUGUGGGAUUCAGUGGCCGGUAGAGCAAUAACUUGAAGCCAUCCUCUCUUUUACGGCUUUAUUAAACUUUUUUAUGGUUAGGGAAGUACUUUGGCUUUUGUUGUAGCUUUUUUCAAAGUCACUCGGUUUCAUUUUCAAUGUUUUUCACCAUCAAUUUUCUUCUGUGGUAUAGUUUGCUACAUAGUAAAGCUAGUUUGAUUCCACUCUGUAACAAGCCCUGGUCAUGGUCCAUCCACUGCUAUGCUUGACAGGUUGUUUUGUCCAUAUGCUGAAUCAGUUUAGGAUUUUCACUCAUGCAAGACAAAAUACCUUCAGCUAUUGUAAAAGAAAAAAAAACAUUUAUGAUAAACGUUUUCAUUAUGGAUUCAAAGUUGUUAAGGUCUUCCAUGCCAUCUCAUACAUGUCUGGUUUAGUUUCUGUAGAUUUAGGAAACAAAAAGUAAAAUUUUCUAAUUGCCUAUCUAAUUAGAGACAAAACGAAGAAUAUUAAAGUUAAAAAAAA